AUGAGCCGAUUUUCUCUCAAAGGUCGAACCGCGCUGGUUACCGGAGGUGCACGAGGCUGUGGUCUUGCGUUUGCACAAGGUCUCGCAGAAGCUGGAGCUAAUGUCGCCAUUUUCGACAUCCUGGAUCCCGUCGAAGCCUUCUUCGAAAUCGAGAAGACGUACGGAGUCCGAACACAAUAUUACAAGGUGGACGUCGGAAGCUUGGAAAGUCUAACGCAAGGCUUUGCGACCUUCAAGGCCGAUUUCGGUGGAAAACUCGACAUCUGUGUCCCCUGUGCUGGAAUCAACCGAAACCUUGCCUUUCUCGACACUCCUUAUGAGGAGUAUCAGAAACUGCUGUCGGUCAAUGUGACGGGUGUCUACUACACCGCUCAGCUGGCCGCAAAGCAGAUGAUCGAGAACGGCUCAAAGUGCGGCAGUAUCAUCCUGGUGGCCAGUAUCGCCAGCUACAUGGCAAUCAGGAGUCAGUUGAGCAGCGCGUACUGUGGGACCAAGGGGGCUGUGAGGGCCAUGUGCCCAGCCAUCGCGGCCGAGCUAAAUAAAUAUGGCAUCAGAGUGAAUUCAAUAUCUCCAGGUUACGUGAGAACGGAGAUGACUGCACCGUUCCCCGAUCUUUUGGGAUCGUGGAAAGACGAGAUCAUGAACGGCAGAGUGGCAACCCCGGACGAUAUCAGAGGGGCGUGUGUCUUCCUGGCCAGUGACGCGAGCUCAUACAUGACUGGGCAGGAUGUUUGCGUCGAUGGUGGAGUGACAAAGUGGUAA